AUGUUCUCGGCCUUCGUGCGCCAGGUAUCCUCCCUGAAGCAAAAGGUACCGUUCCUGAACGAGCUGCACCUGAACUUCAUCUUCAUCCACUAUGCCUAUAUCAUCUCGUGGGUGAUCAUCGGUUCGAUUAUCCUCUACCCCGGCAGCGAGCUCGCCUACAUCGAUGCGCUCUUCUUCGCCUCCGGCGCCGCCACCCAGAGCGGGCUGAACACCGUCGACGUCAAUAAGCUCAAACUCUACCAACAAAUCGUCCUAUACUUGAUGACGUGUCUGUGUACUCCGAUUUUUAUUCAUGGUGCGCUGGUCUUUAUCCGGUUGUACUGGUUUGAGAAGCGCUUCCAGCACGUGGUCCGUGACGCACGUGCGAUGCGACGAACCCGAUCUCGAAUGGAAACUGUGACCGAGGACCGGGAUAGUAACGAAGUGAACCGCGCCGAGCUUGGAGUCAGUGGCCGGCCGAUUGUGGUGUUACGGAACAAUUCAGGAGAUGCGCGGGGCGGUCGCCUCGCGGACCCGACCAACAAAGAUAUAGCUCCGGGGGUGGACACUCCAGAAAUCCACACACCCAGUGCCGGCUCUAACUCCGGGUCUCGGUCCGGUUCUAGCUCCUCCGAGGAAACGGAGACGGAACCUGAGCCUCGAUUUGGACUCGGCAGUUUGAAGGUCCCAACCCAUCUGAACCCCGAAACUCACAUCGCCUUCUUGGAAAAGCAGCGGAAGGACAAAGGCGCUCUUCGGAUCCCAAGUCCACGUGAGUAUGAUCGUGGCGGUGCGCCCGAAGCUUUGGAAGAAGAUGUCGAGCAGGAGGAUGAGCCGGCUCCUCCUAGUCCUCACAAUACCGAUGAUAGCUCGUCUAACCACCCCGAGGCGCAUGAUCAAGUCGGUCCACUUGAAGGACCCCAUAUCACCAUCAACGAGCCGGAUAUUCCAAGGGCUCGCCCACGGGGGAAUACAUUCCCUCGUCUUAAUACUCAACCUACGUUCCGAGAAACCAAGGAUGGGAAUGAAACCACUACUCUUGCCCCUACCAACACGAGAAACACCUUUAGGGGAAUUUUUCGAUCUCUGACACAAGAACGGGAUCUCUCGACUCAGCCAUAUCUCAGUUGGAAUGCGACAGUGGCACGAAACUCCAACUUCGUUGACCUAACUGAGGAACAGCGCGAUGAGUUAGGUGGUAUCGAAUAUCGCGCACUGAAGACCCUGGCUGUCGUGCUCAUCACUUACUACGUUGGCUUCCACCUCAUCGGCAUGCUGAGCAUGAUUGGUUGGAUCAUGACGGUGGACCAAUGGGGUGAUGUUGUCCGAGAGGCUGGAGUUGGACGGCCUUGGUGGGGAAUUUUCACUGCUGCCUCUGCCUUUAACGACUUGGGUUUCACCUUGACGCCCGACUCUUUCUACUCCUUCCAGCGGGCCGUCUUUCCGUUGCUUAUGUUCUCAUUCCUGAUUAUCAUUGGAAACACUGCGUUCCCAUGUAUGCUCCGUUUGAUGAUCUGGGUUAUGUCCAAGUUUACUCGCCAAGGCACUGCUCUAUGGGAAGAACUCAAGUUCCUCCUGGACCACCCGCGUCGAUGCUUUACCCUCUUGUUCCCUCGCAAUGCCACCUGGUGGCUGUUUGCCAUUCUAGUUGCACUGAACGGUAUUGAUGUGAUUUUCUUCGUCAUUUUGGAUCUUAACGAUUCUGCUGUCACCGCGCUCCCUCCUGGAAUUCGAGUCCUUGAUGGCUUUUUCCAAGCUGCCGCGACACGAACGGCCGGUUUCGGAAUCAUCAGUCUUACGGACCUCCACCCCGCCAUCCAGGUAUCCUAUCUCAUCAUGAUGUAUAUUUCAGUGUUCCCGAUCGCUAUUUCAAUGCGUCGAACCAACGUGUACGAGGAGAAGAGUCUCGGUAUAUACGAUGUCACCGACGAGGACCAAGAUGAGGAAUCCAAUGCCCCUACCUACAUCGGAGCUCACUUGCGUCGCCAGCUGAGUUUUGAUUUGUGGUAUGUGUUCUUGGGUCUCUUCAUCAUCGCCAUUGCAGAAGGCGGACGGUUGCAGGUACAGGAUGACUACUCCUUCCAGCUGUUCACCGUUCUAUUCGAAGUUGUCUCGGCCUAUGGUACAGUCGGUCUGUCGUUUGGAUACCCCGGAGUGAACACCUCUUUCUCAGGACAGUUUAAUGUGGUUUCCAAAUUGGUAAUCAUCGCCAUGCAACUUCGUGGUCGCCACCGUGGUCUACCCUACGCGCUGGAUCGCGCCGUCCUUCUCCCAUCCGACGCCAUGAAUCGACACGAAGCCGAACAGAGCGAGAGGCGGAUGCGCCGACGCACAUCCAACCUCAGUGGUACUGGCUCUCUCGGCCAAUCACAGUCGCGUACCCUAUCUCAGGCGAGGAACGAUGCAGCCCAGACAUCCGGUCUGGAAACCCAUGACUGGCAAACAGGACCUGCGCCAAAUGCAGAAUCCCUGGUGCAUCGCUCCUCGACUAUCCGAUCCAAUCGAUAG